UUGGUUCACUGUUUAGAGAGGACAUAAGACAGAUCCAAAUGUAUAGCCUAGAUACCAUCACUAAAUAUGUCAAAAGCCUUAACAUCUCAGCUAUUUGAAAUAGUGAAGCACAUCAUACACUAUCAUAUAGUAAGACUUAGAAUACAUUCUAUACAAUAAACGACAUGUUAUUAUACAAUAUCUGUAGGCUAUAAAAUGCUAAUACUGUAUAUAACAUCGGUGGAAUAAUAUACAACGUGGCCGUAUAAUCUACCUAUUGUUAUAACUCGAAAGGGAAUUUAUUCAAGAAUCAGUUUUGCAUUGCAGUGAUUUCCCGAGAAGCGGUCAGUCAAUCCACAGGUCUACUGAACCCCCAACGCUGAUUUGUGGCUGAAACUGACUGAGUCACUUGCUUGUGUAGACCACUAACAAAACUCCGAAAAACAGGACAAAAUUGUCACAGCAAGUUCAAUCCCAAACCUUGGUAGGAUGGAUUAACCUCUAGAUUUGCCUGACUGGACACUCCAGGUGUCGGCAGCACCCAAUGUCCUUUCUACGUGAUGAGUGUGACCUGAGGAGGACUCUGGAUUUGUUAGACCGAACCGCUAACACCUCUGGACUCUUCCACCCAAGUUUCUCCCUCCGUUUGCCACUCGUACGGCACGGGUACUGACAUGAAGAAAGUGGCCCAGUGGUCAACAGAGGACGUGCGCCAGUGGCUGACCAAUGAGGGGAUGCAGGAAUACUCUGAGGCCUUCCGCCACCUGGACGGCCAGGGUCUCCUGCAGCUCUCCAAGGCGGACUUCCAGACAGCCCCUCUGGUCCUUGUCACCUCGGACAGAGGCAGACAGCUUUUGGACAAGAUGGAGACUCUCAGAAUAGAGCACCACAUUGAAGCACAUAAAAAUGGGCACACCAACGGACACUCCAUCUUGACCGUCAUCAAUGAGGUAAAUGGGAACAAGCCCAAGAGUAACGGUCUGAUCAAUGGGUUUCACAAGGAACGGGUUCAGAUCCCCAUGCCUGAGAUCAACCGCUCUCCGUUCCCUGAAGAGUGGGGGAAGACUGGCGUGGCUUGCAUCUACGCCAUGGUCUGCUUCGUCUGCACCACCAUCAUUAUCUCCGUGGUCCACGAACGCGUGCCUCCCAAAGAGGCUACUCCGCCCCUGCCAGACAAGUUCUUUGACUUUUUUGACCGAGUAGACUGGGCUUUUUCCAUAUGCGAAAUCAACGGCAUGAUACUGGUCAGCCUGUGGCUUCUACAGUUGACACUGUUAAAAUAUAGGUCCAUCGUUGGUCGACGUUUCUUCUUCAUCGUUGGCACACUGUACCUAUACAGGUGUAUCACCAUGUACAUAACCACACUCCCUGUGCCAGGAAUGCAUUUCAAGUGCUCUCCUAAGCUGUUUGGUGACUGGGAGUCCCAAAUGCGGCGAGUCAUGAAGAUGAUUGCAGGAGGAGGCCUCACCAUCACUGGCUCGCACCACAUGUGUGGGGACUACCUUUACAGUGGCCACACAGUCAUGCUGACACUCAGCUAUCUCUUCAUUAAAGAAUACUCUCCGAAACGGUUCUGGUGGUACCAUUUGAUCUGCUGGCUGCUCUGUGCUGUAGGCCUCUUCUGCAUUCUCUUGGCUCAUGACCACUACUCCAUAGACGUGGUGGUGGCUUACUUUAUCACCACACGCCUAUUCUGGUGGUACCACACCAUGGCCAACCAGCAAGUGCUGAAGGAAUCAUCGCAGAGCAACCUUUUCUCAAGGGUGUGGUGGUACCGAAUUUUCCAGUACCUGGAACAAAAUGUCACAGGCAUCGUCCCUCGGAACUACCGGAUGCCGCUGUCAUGGCCACCGGCCCAAUGGAGUCAAGUGAAGUACAGCCGGAUUGAAACACAGUGCCCGUGACAGCGGGAAGUGAUCUAAUCACAAGAAGAUGCCCUAUCUAUCAAACUCUGAUGCUGUUCCAUCUCCCUUUAACUUUCUCCUGUAACAUGCACUCCAGUCCAACUGGCUAGUACUGUGACAACCAUCGUUUCAGCCAAAACAUUUCACAUUGGAAAACAAUCAGUCUAUCCUCUCGAGGCUACUCUCAAAGUAAUGGUUUCCAGUGGGUGGAUCGCAAGCAUUUCAAAAAUGGGUCCAGAUCUAUUUCAGCUAGCAACAGGAAAUCUGUUAGUUAAAGGCUAAUAUUUCCCUCUGUAACCAGUUACUGAAAUGUUAUUAAAUAAACAUGUUUGUCACAGCGAUUGGGCUGUUCCAAAAGUUUGGUGUUAUCAUGCUCAGAUGUUUUACCAAGUUUUGGUUGAAAAUAGCUUUGAGAACUGACCUGUCGUGAAGCAGGAGGUGUUUUUUGUAGUGACUUACAUUUUUGUAGCUGUCUAAAAUAAGCUUGGCCAAGGUGUAAACAAUUUUCUAAGCAUAUAACAGGUUUAUUAUUCAAAUUAAUGCUUUAGAUUUUUACAGUUAGGAGACUAGAGCGAAAAGGAGAACUUAGUCACAAUAUUCCUCAGUGCCUUUCUUGUUGUGAUUGUACAGUAAGUGUAUCAGUGUCCUCAUUAAUGUUGACUUGAAUGACCGUUUUUAAAGUGCUACAUCAGUAUUUCCACUUGAACAGAUAGGAGGGUGCUUAAAUGAACCUGACGCUGAUCACCGAUUACAGCAUAGACAGUUGAGCAAUUAUGACUCCAUGACAUUUUCUCCCUGUUUCUGAAUGUAAAGAAUCAUGUAAUUCUUUUAAUCAUGUCAGUGUCUUUCCAAGAGAAGUCAUGUUUGCUUAAAAAAAUAGAAAAUCAUGAAUAAUUUGUUAUUUUCCAUUGAUUUAUUUAUUACAUCGAUAAUUUCUUGUGUUUCUGCUUGGGAUAUUGGAUUCCCAUGUCAUUUCUUGCCUAUUAUGCCAAAUAGCUGCAUUGUUUGGGCUGUCCUUUGACCCAAAGGUUAGGUCAGUGUGAUGGAGAGGGAGGUUAAAAGCAAGGUUUUAUUGAGUGGUCCUGACAAUUUCUCAGCUUACUGAUGAUGACUGACCCAAAUGCCCCUCUCCUCAACUUAUAUGUAUACCUCAGAAGUGUCGCGUUAACCACCCAAUGAGAAGAGCUGAUUAUGGUGUAACCAUGGAAGAAAUCAAUCCAAAAGGAAAUAAAUAAUAUUUAGCACACCUUAA